AUGCCGAUCAAAAAGGAGCCUACAGAGAUGAGCGCCUUCGAGCGGAGGCGACUCGAGAACAUCGCGGCAAACAAGGCCUUGCUCACUGAUAUAUCAACCACCGCGCAAAAGGUCACUCCCCUGAAACCAGCACCAAAGGCGGCUCCUAAGAAGAGAUCGCGCGCGGAAGCGGUCAAACGGGAGGCGGCACGGCCGACACGCAUGAGUUCUCGCCUGGCGGGUAUCGAUGCUGAUAAUGACACGCUCAAGCGUAAGAUGGAGGUGGAGGCAGAAUAUGAGGCGAGCAAGUCGCAGGCCAAGAAAAUGAGGGUUGGUGAUGAUUUGAACCUCGGUGACAUUGUCGUCGACGGCAAAAAGUACGGCGGCAGCGUUGCUGGGAUCACAGGCAUCUUUCGCGGCGCCGAACCGGGGGUGCGGACUUUUUCAGAGGACGACAUUAAAGAGACUACAAAUGCCGGGUUAAAGGAUUUGCGUCUGCGCAUGAGCUCGCUCAAGUUGUACGAGCAUUGGCUUCCGAACGAUAUCAAGAUUACACCACAGCGUGUCUACGCCAUGGGCUUUCACCCAAUCGAGGAUAAGCCAAUCAUCUUCGCUGGCGACAAAGAAGGGGCCAUGGGAGUUUUCGACGGGUCUCAAAUUGCGCCAGAAGUGGACGACGAUGAGGAUGCCGACGUGGGCGAUCCAGUCAUUUCCGCAUUCAAAACACAUGCGAGGACCAUUACAUCAUUUGUAUUUUCUCAUACCGACGCCAAUGCCGUCUUCUCUUCGUCCUAUGACUCGUCAAUACGCAAAAUGGAUCUGGAAAAGGGUAUCUCAACACAAAUCUUUGCUCCUCAGGACCCCGACGAGGACAUGCCUCUCUCCGCACUCGAUGUGGCCGCGUCCGAGCCCAACAUGCUCUACUUUUCCACCCUAGACGGCAGCGUUGGCCGCUACGACAUCAGGGCCCCCAGAUCCGAAGAGAUAUGGACCUUAUCGGAACAAAAAAUUGGUGGUUUUUCGCUUCACCCCUUGCAGCCGCAUUUGCUCGCCACCGCCUCGCUGGAUCGAACGGUUAAGAUUUGGGAUCUCCGCAAGGUCACUGGCAAGGGCGAUUUGCGGCAUCCUGCUCUACUAGGAGAGCACGCUUCCAGGCUUUCCGUCUCGCAUGCGUCCUGGAGUGCAGGAGGACAGCUUGCCACAUCCUCAUACGACGACACGAUUAAAAUAUACAACUUUGCCGACGCUGGCAAAUGGUCUCCUGGUCAAGAUAUUGACGGGUCGAAGCUGGAACCAGCUCAGAUCAUAAAACAUAACAAUCAGACGGGACGGUGGGUAACGAUUCUCAAGCCGCAAUGGCAGCUCCGACCCAAGGACGGCCACCAGAAGUUUGCCAUCGGAAACAUGAAUCGCUUUGUCGACAUCUUCGCGGCUGACGGCAGCCAACUGGCACAGCUGGGGGGAGAUGGGAUCACAGCGGUCCCAGCGGUGGCGCAUUGUCACCCAAGCAUGGACUGGGUGGCAGGAGGCAAUGGUAGUGGAAAGCUGUGUCUGUGGACGUGA